GUGUGAAAUUCCUGAAGUAUGUCUUUUGUUUGUGUGCCAGGACCAUCAUUAAUAGUGGAUAUCUAGCGUGAUAAUUACACGAAGAUAAAGGCAAGUGGAGUGUAGAGUGAGACUAGUAAGAGUUUAACUGCUCCUGUCGACAUAAAUUCCACUUGUUGGUUGAACAAGAAGGCGGCGGGAGCGAAGAAGAAAGAAAGGGAAGGAGGAGGACGAUGACUUGGAGGAGCUGAGGGAAGAGCGGAGCUAACUAUGUGGAAAAACUUCCAGCUACUCCUCCGCCCGCCCGUCGAGCAGUAGAAACGGUUUUGUUUUCCGGAGAAACUGUGCAGAUGGAGGGUGAGAAGGAGAAACAGAGGCAGCAGCGGGAAGAGAAAGAGAGCAAUGAGGCAGAGGACGACAGGAGGAGUGACGACGACGCUGACAACGAGGAGGGCGAGGAUGAAUAUUCUGAGGGGGCAGCCCUAGUCUGGCAAGAAGACUAUGGCGAGGAUAAUCUGGGGCUUCCCAUCAUGCACUGGGAGGCGCUGAACCUGCGCAUAGCUGAGUUGGAGAAGCAAGAAGAGGAGAAGAGAGAGAAGAUGGCAAAGGUCAGAAGUCAUAAUUUGGAAGAGAGUGGCGUUUCUCUUGAGCGAGGCCGAGCCCCAGUGAGCUGGACAGAGGGGAGAGGGAGGAGAGCAGAGAGCUGGGAGAACGGAGACGACACCUGCAACAGUCCUGUGCUUGCACUCACCUCCCGCCUGCAGACACAGAUGAAUCUCCAACUCUGCUUCAUCAACAACAGCGAAAGUGAGGAGGAAGAGGAGGAGAACAGUGGACAGAUCUGCAAGAGAGGGACGGUUCAGGUUCAUAAGAGUCCUCAGCCUCUUACCAAGCCAGAGAAACCAAAAUCAAGAGGCUUCAGGAACACUCUGAGAAACCUACGAGACCGACUGAGAACGGACCACAAAACAAUGCCUGCAGCUCAUAUUGAUCCUGUAGUCCAGCGGAAACAUUUGGAACUCAGUGAUUUGCAAACUUUCAGUAUCAAAGACCUCAAUGCUCUGUGUACAUCUUUCAGCAAGACCAUUCAAGACCUGAGCUCAGAACUGGUGAGCCGCCUGCAGACUCGAGACCAGCUGAGGACGGAGCAGGAUGCCAUGCUGCUGGAGGUGCAAGAUCUGACAUCACUGUAAACCUGCCAGAGUCAUCCCCCGCACUGCUAAAGUUCGGCUGUCGAGCAAGUCCCAGUCCGUAAGCAUCAUUAGUAAUCAGACGGCACCACAGGGGCUUCCACAAGCAUCUCAGUCAGUCCCUCCUGCUGUUGGUCUGACCAGCCACUCACUGUGAAGAGUGUCACUUCCUGAAAGGAUUUGGACAUUCAAUUAGAUUCUUUUUUUUUUGGACAUUGUCUGUGUUUUAGGUUUUUAGGGAAAUUUUGCUCUACUAAAGGCCAAUUCAUGGUUCCCGCUUCUGUGUGCACAGGCCGAUGCUGGUCUGCUCCACGGCCGGUUUCACUCCCCCUCGUAUCGAACACAGAAAAACAAACGGGGAAGGAGGAGGAGCUGCUUCCAGAUAGGCUGUAGCACCGUAUCACUCCUGAGGUGUACCAAGCACAGUGUGUGAACAUAGCAAAGGAUUUCUGGAGAAAUGAGGACUUUGCACUGUGUUUGGGCUUUGUCAAUGAAAGCAUGUACACACAGAGCUCCCCUGAAGUCCAGCAGCGACUGCUUUUAAUAUGAGUCCUUUAAUGAUGAAUUCUAAAGGUUUGGAUGACAGAGUAUUUUGUCACACAGUCCCUGCAAAUACCAAACAUUUGUUUUAAGUAUUGCUUGUUUCUCUGGAUAUGCAUAUCCAGUGGAUGGUGGCCUUAACUGACCUUUUAUUUUUUGUUUUUUUUGUAAAUAUCUCCCCUUGCUACCCUACCCAAUCAGAUUAGACGAUAAAUACCUGCUACAUCUCUGCUUUGUCCACAACACAUAAAGGGUAGGGUCAUGUUAAAACUGGCUAAAUGCCAAGACUGGAAGCAAGUGGAAAAUUUUUGAAAAACUAUCCAAAAAAUUUGUGUGAAUAAAUUUUCUAUGGGGAGCAACAUACAAAAAGUCCAAGUUGAAAUUGUACACAUGUACACCGUUUUUUGUUUGUUGGGUUGUUUUUUGUUUUUUUGUUGUUGUUGUUUUUUUUGCAGGAUGAUGCUUUUCAUGCAAGAUUGUUUUUGUUACAGUCAGGAGAUGAGAGGGAUGUUAAGUUCAAAGUUGGAUUGUGAUGUUUUAUUUUGUUUACACAGCCACUCAGUCUUGUUGUACAUGAGUGAAAAGAAGAUGUUCUGUCUCUCACCUUUAUGUGGUUACAUUAACCUCAGCCUGUGCUCAGGAGUCACAUCAUUCAGUACACAAUGUGGACAAAAAAUGUGACAAACAAUUCUGAAGAAGGAUCCAGGAGGUUGUAACUACCUGCAUGUUUCCUCUCAGACAUAUUACUGAGCUCAUCAUUUUCAUUUUCUUCAAUGAAAUGGUCAACCCAGUGCUAAUGAGUGCCCUAACCACUAGUUACAUUGUGGGCCAAUGCAGGUCCCUGCUUUCUGUCACGUACAUUAGGAGACAGCAUGUUUGCCGCAUAACAGCAUGAAGCAGAUCUAAGCAAGAUAGAUUGAUAUUAACAGUAUUGACCAGCAGCUUUUAUUCCUCCAUGUAUCCUGUUCAACUGUUGUUCAAAUGUCAUUGUGAAACUCUGUUAGUCAAAUAGUCAUGCGUUGCAGUUCCACAAUGAUGUCGCCCUACUUUAAAGUGUCAACAAAAAUAGUAGGACAAUAGUUUUGUAAAAGACAAAUGAACCACCAAUCCAAAGAAAGGUACUGAUGUGUAAAGUGAGGGUUCUAUUUCGUGAACACAGUUAAAAAUGUUUUUAAGUUUUGCAUCUUGUGUCAAUUUUUUAAACAGUGAUGUAAAACAGACUCAUUUAAAAUCUGAGAAUUCUGCCAACUGAACAAUCUGUCUUUGUUUUUUGGUUUGUGUCAAGUGUCGUUCUGUUCUCUGGUCUUGUCAGACAGAUUUUUUUUUUUUUUUUAAAUCCAUGCUUGUCUCCAAAGACUGUGUGGUGGGGUUAGUAAAGAAUGAAAUGUGCACAAAUGGAGAAAAAAAAGGUGCUACAAACGAAAUAUGUUUUUAUUUUCAUUCACCUAUGCGACUUUUGGUAUGUAAAAUAAGAUUUAAAAGAAAUCUUUUUAUAAUUUUAUUUUUCUUCUGGUGACUGUUGUGACACAGCCUUUUAUGUCGUCGUCCCCCAGUCCCAGCAUCAUUUGCCAUCAAACUGGCAACACUUCCUGCUUGUGUCACAGUAAAAGCCUCCUAACAUCUCAUUUGUGGUCUCUGUUGGUCUGUUAGUGUGAAACAUCACCGGGAAGUGACUUUCAUUCACAGGACCUUAACAUUAGGUUUAAAAAUAGCUGGGUAGAAACUGUUUUAAAAAUGUAAUUAUGCUGUAUUUACUAUGUGCACUAACAAUUUAAAUGAGUUUUUCUGUGGCAGUUAUUAGAGACUGGAAAUUACUUGAAUAGCAGCUUUUAUGAGAUGUGAUCAAAAAUGUCUGAGGCUCCACUUGUAAAAAGCAAAAAGCAUGCCUUCUUUAUAUUUGGCCCCUAACCUGUUCAAACUAGUCUUCUUGUGCAGCGCUACACUGCUACCAGCCCUCCUGCUACAUUGGGAAUGCUCUCUGGAAGCCCAGCAUGUGCAUCAAGUCCCAUCUGCGACUCACACUGGAUCUCUUCCAUUGUGACAAACCAGCGACCGUUCCACCUGAACCUUUUGCGCUGUGGUGGUUGGUUGUUAGCAACGAAUGUUCUGCAUCGCGUGCUUCAGGAUGCUACAGUAUAACUCUGUGUUGACAAUCUGACCGUGGGGAAUGAAUUUAUGAUGUUGAAAAUUAUGAGCAUGUGCUUAAUGUGCCCCUGACCUCACAAUACCCCUUUAGUGGCUGCCAUAGAUCUGGCUCCUGUCACUAAGGAUGAUCUUCAGUUGGAUUAUCCUGCAGAAUCUGUUGCCUGUGCAUGACUGUUCCAUACUAAAUUUGGGUACAGCAGAAUAUAUAUAUAUAUAUGUGUGUGUGUGUGUGUGUGUGUGUGUGUGUGUUAUUAUAUGACUCUACAUACACAGUAUCAGUGUUGUGGACCAAGUGGUAGCUAUUUCUUUUUUAAGGGGCCUCGACACAGCAAAGCAAGCUCAGCACUGUGUGUCAGGACCUCAUGACAGUAAUUCAAUUCAAAUAACUUUAUUUAUCCCGUAGGGGCAAUUCAAAAGCUCACUGAGUAUUUAAUAUAAAGACAAAAAAAUAUAUCAAAGUGUAAGCGCUCAUUACAGAACAAUCGUGUAGUAUUUUUAAGGCAGAAGUCAAAUAACCUUAUCCUGUUUUCAUUUUGUAGUUGGUGUCACAUUUUUAUAACUUUUUAGGACUAUACUGACUUCACAUCGUAACAUUUUCAUCAUUUGAUCAUCUCUCAGCCAGCCUUUCCCAUUGUGAUCAUAGUUUCUACUACGGAUAUUGCCUUUAUUUGAAAAUGAUCACAUCUGUAAUCCAAGAGAACUCCAUCUGGAUUAAAUAAACCUGUUCAAAGAACCAGUUUAGAAUUAGCAGAAUCAAUAGAUCUGGCUAACAUAUCAGCAUAAAAUAGUUACUUUUUAUGCUAGGCUCCUUGUUUACAAGUAUUUACAAACUAACUUCAGAAAAACCUUAAUUUUUUAGACUUUGUGGUUGUAUUAUGUUUAUUAAAACAACCAUCAUUUAAUUUCAGAGGGAUUGCAGUUUGCAAUACUGUGUUUUUAAUUUUGGUGGUGGAUCAACAGUUUGGUUUACUUUUGACUUUGUGUUGUGCCAUAAGAAAAAAAUGUUUGUCUCGUCAGACAUCAUUUAAGAGAAAAAACAUGUGAGCAGUGUGUUGAGAUUGAGCAGGCUGAGAUGAAUAAAUUGUUGCCUGGCUGUAAGUCAGUCA